UCUGUCUGCCAGGUUGAGAGGGGAAUGUGAAAGUUAGAUAUUUAACAAGGUAACCAGGAAACAGGACAGCCAGAGCGACGUCCAAUCCGAUGGAGCUUCAGAAGCCGUAACUUUCCCUAACGAGAGAGAAGACUUUUGUUACACACGCUUUCCAAGUCCAGGUUUGAGAGAAGCAUCACAGCUUCUUGUCUUUGCAGUGGAAACUGAGAGGCUGUUUGUGGACAGUACAAUGAGAGAAGAGGUGUCCUGCACUAACUCCCCUGAAGGAGGUCUGGGGGCCAGCGAGGAGGAAUUGGAGAGAGGAUCGAAGAAGAAUCACCAAGGAGGAAAUCGAAAGCGUACGCCUUUCCCCAAGAAGGACAGCAUGGGUCAGACAGAGGAGAGCAGCACCGGCAGUCCCACCAGCCUGCUGCCGUCAGGCCCCAAGAAGGUGAAGAAAAGCCCAACGACAGUGGUGUCGUUGGCCCCCACGCCGCUGGGGCCCAGACUCGAUCUGCCCUUUGAGGACCUCCACACUCAGCGUGUUAUCGCAAACGUGCGGGAGCGUCAACGCACUCAGUCCCUGAACGAUGCCUUCUCAUCUCUACGCAAAAUCAUCCCUACACUACCUUCGGACAAGCUGAGCAAGAUCCAGAUCCUGAAGCUGGCCUCGCGCUACAUCGACUUCCUGUACCAGGUGCUGCAGAGCGAUGAGAUGGACGCCAAGCUAGCCAGCUGCAACUACCUGGCCCACGAAAGACUGAGCUACGCCUUCUCCGUCUGGAGGAUGGAGGGGGCCUGGGCCAUGUCCGCAAGCCACUAGGAUCCCAUCGAACUUCUCUCCUAAACCCUCUCGUGUCCACAUCUCCACCCCACCGCCCGUGUCUGUGUUUGCACCCACUUCCUGACCUCUGAACCUCUGAAUUCUUCCCCUCUUGGUCUGAUCUUAACCUUUUCAUCUCAAACCUCCCUAUACAUUCCUGCUACAUCUAUGUGAUCCAUGAUGGUUCACUUCAUCUGUAUAGACAGAGUUGGAUCUUUAAACCCUCACCCUGUUCCCCUCCACUGUUUCCACUGCUCUCCCUUGUCUGUCUUACAGUUUAAUCCAGUGCAACAAGACGCUCCACUGCAGCCCCCCAGAAAACUGACGAUGGAAAAUCCUCGACUCUCAAAAAAGAAACAUCAGAAGACAAUUCCCCGGCCUUUUAUCUUUCAUACAACUUUUCCUCUUUCUCUGGACACGUGCUUGCCUCAUGACACUGAGAUGUUUUCUUGAUUAACUGUGUUUCUGAAACAUCAAUGACUCCUCAUUCGAGAGUCAAGAGCUGAACAUUUUGAAUGACGCAAACAAGGAGAGAAACAAACUAACAAACAAACAAACAGCUGGCCUGCGUUGACAAAGAAACAAAAUGGCUGCUGGUUCGAGUGCCUUGGGUAACACCGUGAUAACCAUCAUCCUCUUGGCAUCGGAUGACUCACUGCCAGACGGACAUUAAGAUGAGUAAUGAUAAUGGCACAGUGAUGGUUAGAGGGCGGUCACAGCCAAUGAAUGUUUACAGCUAAAAUGCUAAUAAGCUAAUCGCUCUGGCUCUCAGAGCCCCGUGUUGUGGGAGGAAGAGGAGCAUGUGGAAUCUGACGAAGAUCUUCUGCUUGUUGUGCUGUAGAAACUGGAUAGCUUUCUUUUUAUUGUGUAUGUUUUUUUGAGUAAGUGUAUGUUUGUGAAUUUGGUGUAUGCACACUGUAUAACUUCAACUCUGCUCAUGCAUUACACUCUGCUUUAAUGAAAAUGCCCAUGGGAAAACGUCUUAAACCACUGAUCAUAGUUCAGCCACUAUUCUGAUUAUUUUCACUUUAGUGUUUGUUAUGUGUCGCAAAAAGUUGUUUUUUAAAAAAGCAAAAAAUACUGAUUCAUGUAUAUCUUUUUCCCGCCGCUUUAAGAAAGCCGCUUGCUAAGAGUGUUUUCAUUAAAUAAUGCAAAAAAAUUGAAAAGCAGACAGUUUCUUGUAAAGUGCGCCAAAGUGUUGAUAUUGUGAUUUCAGCCAUAACAGAGGACUCAUUUGAAACCAUAAGUAGUCUGAUUACUGUUUGAACAUUUGUGUUUUGUAUUGAUUUGCAUUUGCUUUUGAUAAUCUUUAUUUUGUCAACUCCUGUGGACAAUAAAUAUUUUCUUAAUGCUG